AUGUCAUCAAUUGUGAGCCGAGCUAGGUCAACUUCUCUUCCCAAUUUCCUCGCAUGGCGUGCUUUGGGAUUCCGCACCAUCUGCUCCGGCCGCCUGGGUUUCGCGCCGUCCGAUCCAGCGUCGCCGGCCAGGGCAGGAACCAAAAUUCUGGAAUCGUUCAAGGAGGAAUUCGAAGUCGGAUCUCACGUCAUCACGCUCGAGACUGGCAAAAUCGCCCGCUUUGCCAAUGGCUCCGUUGUCCUCGGCAUGGACCACACCAAAGUCCUCUCCACAGUCACUUGUGCUAAGACCAACUCGCCUGGGGACUUCUUGCCUCUCACUGUUGAUUACCAAGAGAAGCAAUACGCUCAAGGCUUGAUUCCAAAUUCGUAUAUGCGAAGAGAGGGAGCACCAAAAGAACGGGAACUGCUAUGUGGCCGGCUCAUUGAUCGGCCAAUAAGACCGUUGUUUCCUCCAGGGUUUUACCAUGAAGUUCAGAUAAUGGCAAGUGUUUUAUCAUCGGAUGGUACGCAAGAUCCAGAUAUAUUGGCAGCCAACGCAGCAUCGACUGCGUUGAUGUUAUCGGAUAUUCCAUGGGGAGGUCCCAUUGGAGUCGUUCGACUAGGAAGGAUAGAUGGGCAAAUUGUUGUGAAUCCAACUAUGGAUGAGCUUAGCUCAAGUGAUCUCAACUUGAUAUACGCUUGCACAAGAGUCAAGACUAUGAUGAUUGAUGUUCAAGCCCGUGAGAUCACAGAGAAAGAUUUAGCAGCUGCUCUGAGGCAAGCCCAUCCAGAGGCCGUUAAGUACAUUGAUCCUCAAAUAAGACUGGCUGCUAAAGCUGGGAAAGAAAAGAAGGAGUACAAACUGUCAAUGCUUUCUGAGAAAGUUUUAGAAAAAGUGGCCGACUUGGCUUCAACGCGUAUUGAAUCCAUCUUUACCGAUCCUUCAUAUGGCAAGUUUGAACGUGGAGAAGCUCUAGAUAACAUUGGAAAAGAUGUGAAAAAAGUGUUUGAAGAAGAGGGCGAUCUAGAAAGCUUGAGCAUCCUUCCAAAGGCUGUUGAUACAGUUAGAAAGAAGGUAGUUCGUUCAAGGAUGCUAUCAGAUGGAUUUCGAGUCGACGGGAGACAUCUUCGUCAAGUUAGGGACAUCUUUUGCGAAUCCCAUCACCUACCUAUAUUGCAUGGCUCAGCUCUUUUCUCACGUGGAGAUACACAGGCGCUCUGUGUUGUCACGCUUGGAGCCCUAGGAGAUGCACAAAGCUUGGAUUCUCUUGUUGGCUCCCCGAAAAAGAGAUUUAUGCUUCACUACAGCUUUCCUCCGUAUUGUACAAAUGAAGUCGGAAAACGAGGAGGUCUUAACAGGCGUGAAGUUGGGCAUGGAACACUUGCUGAGAAAGCUUUACUUGCCGUCUUGCCCCCUGAAGAAAGUUUCCCUUUUACAAUUCGUAUAAACUCAGAAGUUAUGUCCUCAGAUGGCUCCACCUCUAUGGCAAGUGUUUGUGGAGGUAGUAUGGCUUUGAUGGACGCUGGAAUUCCUCUGCGAGCUCAUGUUGCAGGUGUCUCUGUUGGUCUUGUGACUGAAGUUGAUCCAACAAGUGCAGAAAUUACAGACUACCGUAUAGUAACCGAUAUAUUGGGUUUGGAAGAUCAUCUCGGAGAUAUGGACUUCAAGAUUGCUGGCACGAGAGAUGGUGUGACAGCAAUUCAAUUGGAUAUCAAGCCAGCUGGAAUACCAUUGGAUAUAGUUUGUGAAUCGUUAGAUAAUGCACGAGAAGCCCGUCUUCAGAUUCUUGAUCAUAUGGAGAGAGAAAUCAAUUCUCCACGAGUCCAAGAUGUUAAUUCCCCUCGCCUAGUAACUUUGAGGUACACCAACGAUGCCCUUCGUAGCUUGAUCGGACCUAUGGGUGUCGUCAAGAGGAAGAUUGAGGAGGAAACAGGUGCAAGAUUGUAUGUUGAUGAUGGAAGAUUAACUAUUGUUGCCAAAAAACAGGCUGUGAUGGAAAAGGCUCUAGAAAAGGUUGACUACAUCAUUGGUCGUGAAAUAGUUGUUGGUGCCGUGUACAAAGGCACAGUGACAUCUAUAAAAGAGUACGGCGCGUUUGUUGAGUUCAAUGGUGGUCAACAAGGGCUUCUACAUUUGUCUGAGUUAUCUCAUGAACCAGUCUCCAAGGUUUCAGAUGUGUUACAUAUUGGAAAGUACAUUACUAUGAUGUGCAUUGAUACUGAUGUCCGCGGUAACAUUAAAUUAUCUCUCAAGGCACUGUUACCCAAACCUGAACCUAAACCAAAACCAGCCUCUAACCCUGCAAACAAACCGGUGGUGAAAGAGCCGGCUACAGUCUCCGUAGAAACGUCUAGUGUUGGGGAGGUAGUUGCAAGCAUGUCCAGUGUUGUAGAGCAACCUCAGAAAUCUAAAUUAGCAGUUCCUGCAGUUGUCAUCCGUACUGCUGUGGAGUGUGAUGAAGCAGAGAAAUCUUCUCCUGUGGACAAGAUCUCUAAACCUAAACGCGCUGCGACAGUGAAGCCAGACCGGAAACUCAAAGCAACUCCCUCUAAACAGACUGUGACGCAGAAGGAAGAGGAGACACUCGAAGAAAGUCCAGCUAAAUUUGGUGAGACAUUGAAGCAAGACGAGAAACUCAAGUCCACUUUUGCUAACCUGGUAUCAUCUUCAAAAACUAAGAAAUCUGGUAGGAAGGAGAACCAAUCAGAGAAGGAAGGUGAAGAGAGUGUAUCGAUCAGUGCCCGGGAACUGAAAAUAGGAACUGAAAUGACGGCCAAAAUCCAGCAGGUUCGAACUCAUGGAUUGGUUCUUGACUUAGGUGGUGGACUCCGUGGGAUGUACAAAUUCGAGGGAGAUGUAGAGACGGAGUUUGAGAUUGGAGACGCAUUGAAGGUGAAAUGUACAAGUUUUAGCAGUAAAGGAAUCCCUGUGAUGGCUUUGGUUGACGACGAGGACGUUUAA